CACACAUUUUUUGGAAGUUUUUGGGAACCUUAAAUCAAAAUUCAAAAUUUUUAUCCGAGAAGUGUAACAAUAUUUCAAAGUGCAUUGAAGGUUCAACAAAAUUUCUGGUCAUCGCGAAACUUCUAAAACUAAAAACAUUCAAAAACUAAAAGUGACAGGCAUAAAAACUUUAGUAAAGCCUAAUACCAAGUAAAAAUACAGACAACGACAUCCAUAAAGGAAAUAUAAAAAGUCCUCAAAAAUCAUUUUUUUUAAACUUGCAUUUUUAAAGAUGCCCAAAAAGUUGACAGAUGCGUCUUCAAAAAACGAUUCAUAUAUUGCUCAAAAUAUAAUAACAAAGUUGUUUUAUAAAAUAUUUAGUGGAGCUACAAAUAAUAAUACAUCGAAAACAGAUAAGAAAGAAUUUGAAGAUGAGUUACCUAUUUUACCUGAUUUUUCUGCAGAUAUAGAAAUGAAUAAAAUGAGUGUAAAUAAGGAACAAUCUAUACAUGACGGUCUUCACGAUUCUCAAAAUAUCACAAAUAACAAAAUUAAUGAAAACAAGGAACAGUCAUCAAAUAACGAUCUUCAAGAUCUUGGAAAUAUUUUAAUCAAAUCUGCAACUGAUAUGAAGAAUGUAAAAAUAAGUAAAGACAAGAAACUGUUUACAGAUGAUGAUCUUCACAAUCCUGUAAAAGUUUUGAUCAAAUCUGCAACAGAUAUGAAGAAUGAAAAAAUAAGUAAAGAUAAAAAACAGUUUACAGAUGACGAUCUUAAUGAUCCUGGAAAAGUUUUGAUGAAAUCUGCAACAGAUAUGAAAAAUGACAAAAUAAGUAAAAAUAAGGAACAGUCUGUACAGGACGGUCUCCAUGAAACCACUUUGAUUGACGGUCUACACGGAAAUACUACUCCAGAUAUGAAGAAAAAGUUAAAUGAAAAUAAAAGACAGGCUAUAGUUGAUAGAUUUCUAAAUAGCGGUAAUGGUGAUCAAUCCGCUUUAUGCAAAGAACAAAAUAGCGAUAUAUCUGAAGUUGAAUUUGAUUCACAUAUAUCACCAGAUACACGAAAAUUGGAAUGUUUUGAGUCUAACCAGACACUUAUUAGUAAAGAAGAAAAUAAUAUUAAAAACAAAAUUUUAGCUUGGGAAAAGUUAUCUAAAACAGGAAUAUCUAAGUAUUCAGAGAUGUCCGAAUUUAGUGCAUUCGGAGAGAGCCACUCUAAUCCUGAGAUUGAAAACAAUUGCAUGAAAAUGAACAAAUCUAAUGUGGAAAAGACAAUACAGCAAAAUAGUUCAAUAACUGUUGAUCCAGAAAGUUUUAUACCAGAUGCGAGCGAAGAAACUAAAAUACGUGCGGGAUUCGCUGUUACGCGAGUCUCGCCAAAAAUUGCGAAUCUUCAGGCUACCAUUUUACAGAAGCUCAAAGAAGACUAAUAAUUUCAAUAUUCAGUAGUUCUGGAGGUUCGCAAAAUAUUAAGAACUGAUGUCAUCUUGAAACAUGAAAGCUCGUAUAUGAGAUAACUACCAGCUGUGCACGUCUCGUAGGAUAAGUCGUCACACGCAAUGCAAAAAAGGACGCAAUGCAUCAACGAUUUAAUGCGUAGAACAACAACUCCAAGUAAUGAAAAGUAUAGACUGCCGUCGUCCUUACAAAACUAUAUAUUUAGAGAAGACUUUAGCAAAUAUUGUAAGGCUGAAAUGCAUCUCAAUAAUAGUGAUUUAGAGUUGAAGUGAAAUUCAUAUCAAAGUCUUUGAAAUAUCUACAUUGGUAGAUCACACACUAUAUAUAUCUGUGAGUAAUUAUAAAAUCGCGUAUAGGAACACGUAAGAGAACUGAAAAUUGCUGAGAAUUGAUUUUGAAUCAAUUGCUCACAAGAAUAUGGAACUAUUAAGGACCAUAAGAAACAUUGUUUAGAAAGCAAUGAUAUUGGGUCUAUAAUAAAUGGAGAGACAUAUAAGCUAGUCGAUCGUUAUACAUGCAUUAAUCAGUAUUCGAUUAACAACGAAUGUUUGAAAGCAGAUGAAAGCUGUAGGAAUCGAAAUUUUUUAAAUAAUACUGCUGUGAACUUUUUCAGCAUGACAAACCUUCGUUGAAUGAGUAACUAACUUGACGAAAUACUAACUAAAAAUGUAGUCAAUGUCAAUAAAACGAUGUCGCAAAAAGUCACUAAGAAAUAAAAAACGAUGUCUUCAGGGCUUUACUAAGGAAAUAUGACCAAAAGUUAUUUCUCUAAGGAAAUUUCGGUAUUAUGUAUUACGAUAAUUGAUCAAUUACUUAAAAAUGUAUAAAAUAAAUCAAAUUUCGGACAAUAAAAUUGAUUUAUCAAGCACUAAGUCAUCUAACCAGCCGGAAUCAAUAUUUAUUAGCUUUACCGAGUUUUGAGAAACUUACACAAACCCCGUAUAAAGAUCACUUCUUAAAUACGUCAUCUACGGAAGAGAUAAAAAAGAACAUCCACAAAACAAGUCACAAUAUCUUUUAUAAGAAAACCUUUGACUUCGAUUGCUUAAGUUGACGUCUGGAAUGAUGUAUGUGUUUUAACUGGAAUAUGAAACAAAUACGUCAAUAUUAAAAGCUAUGUAUGAAGAUUUUACUAGACAACUUUACUAGAUGCAAAACAUCCAACAGUUUCAACAAUGACAGCUAAGUGACAUAUCUUAUUUUUAAGGUGACUUAUGAAUCGCCUUUAUACCUACAAUGAGGUAUAAAGUUAAGGUUUUUUCUGAGCUUGAAUUUUGUGACAAAAAAAAAAACACGUCUUCUGUAAAUAACAUUAAGCUAAAUGCCAUAUCCUGGGUUAUAGUCGAAAACAUACAAAUGGGACAUAAGAAGAUAAUCGAUUUAUAGGGACUAAAACCAAGCGAUAGAUCAAUGCAGAAUGAACCAUUAAAAGCAUGAGGUAUAGUGUUUGAGUUCUAUGUAUAUAAAAGGAGUAUAUCGAUCUUACUUAAAACCUGUCUUCUGUAAAUAACAUUAACCUGAAUGCCAUAUCCUGGGUUAUAGACGAAAAUAUACAAAUGGGACGUAAGAAGAUAAUCGAUUUAUAGGGACUAAAACCAAGCGAUAGAUCAAUGCAAAAUGAGCCACUAAAAGCAUGAGUUUAUGGAAAAAGUUUAAUGGGUUUCGCAUGGUUCCAUCAGAGCUAGAGCCUAAAAUCUAUUUCUUUAAUUCUGGUAAAAAAACACUUAGGAA